CCUGGCUGGUUGCGUGGAGGGUUGUUUGAUUCCCACCCCCCACUCCCCUCUUUUUUUUUUUCUUUCUUUUCUUUUCUUUUCUGUUUUAAAAAAAAUCUUUCUCCCUGACUCGUAUUAAUUUCUCUGUGGGGCUGCGGCUGGAGACCGCGGAGCGUUGGAAAUGACGCUCGGAGCUUUAAUUACUGCAAUGGCUGGACAAGUGUGAGGAAAGCUGACAGUGGAAAAAAAAGGGGGACAGGAUCGGGGAGAAGCAAAGAAGCAACACCCCCUCCUUUUCCCUCCAGAUUUGGACAGGAGGUGCAAGGAGACUGAAGAGAGAGCUGAACAUAGCCCGGUUUGGGGGGGAGAGGCCGGAACCCCGCCGCUUCUUUGCAAUCAACUUUUUUUGGAAGCCUUUUUUCCCCCUUUCUUUUUAUUGUUGACCAACCAGUGAGGAGAGAGAGCGAACGAGAAAGUGAGGAGGGAACGAGCGAGCGGAGGAUCACUCCGGGAACUAGCUGUACGUUGUGCUCGGAGCACCAGCCGCACAGUCGCGCACACUCCCACCCGCGCGCCUUCCUCCGCGGCCCCUGGCCGGGUCCGCGGGUCCACGGGUCCUGGAAGCCGCCACCAGCGCCGACUGGCUCGCCGGCCCCGGGAAGCCCGUGCACCAAGCGCGCCGCGUCCGCCCCCCUUGCGCCCCCCACGCGCUCCCGGCUGUGAGGGGGGAGAUCUCCUCCGCGUGCCCGCAAGUGGCUAUGGUAUUUGGACAUGUAAUUGUCAGCGCGGGAUCUGAGACUUGCCAAAAAUGAAGCUGGCGACGGGACUGUGGGUCUGGGGGAGCCUUCUGGUGGCAGCGGGGACCGUCCAGCCCAGCGCUUCUCAGUCAGUGUGCGCAGGAACAGAGAACAAAUUGAGCUCUCUCUCUGACCUGGAGCAGCAGUACCGAGCCUUGCGCAAAUAUUAUGAAAACUGCGAGGUAGUCAUGGGCAACCUGGAGAUCACCAGCAUCGAGCACAACCGGGACCUCUCCUUCCUGCGGUCUAUCCGAGAAGUUACAGGCUACGUACUGGUGGCCCUCAACCAGUUUCGUUACUUGCCUCUGGAGAAUUUACGCAUUAUUCGUGGGACAAAACUGUAUGAAGAUCGCUAUGCCCUUGCGAUAUUCUUAAACUACAGGAAAGAUGGCAACUUUGGACUCCAAGAACUUGGAUUAAAGAACCUGACCGAGAUACUAAAUGGUGGAGUCUAUGUAGACCAGAACAAAUUCCUAUGUUAUGCUGACACUAUACACUGGCAAGAUAUUGUUCGGAAUCCCUGGCCUUCGAACAUGACUCUGGUGUCAACAAAUGGAAGCUCUGGAUGUGGAAGAUGCCAUAAAUCUUGCACUGGCCGAUGCUGGGGACCCACAGAAAAUCACUGCCAGACCUUGACCAGGACUGUGUGUGCUGAACAAUGUGAUGGCAGGUGCUAUGGACCCUACGUUAGUGACUGCUGUCAUCGAGAAUGUGCUGGAGGCUGCUCAGGACCAAAGGACACUGACUGCUUUGCCUGCAUGAACUUCAAUGACAGUGGAGCCUGUGUUACUCAGUGUCCCCAAACAUUUGUCUACAAUCCAACCACCUUUCAACUGGAACACAACUUCAAUGCAAAGUACACAUAUGGAGCAUUCUGUGUUAAGAAAUGUCCACAUAACUUCGUGGUAGAUUCCAGUUCUUGUGUACGAGCCUGUCCUAGUUCCAAGAUGGAAGUAGAAGAAAAUGGGAUUAAAAUGUGUAAGCCUUGCACCGAUAUUUGCCCCAAAGCGUGUGACGGAAUCGGCACGGGAUCAUUGAUGUCUGCUCAGACUGUGGAUUCCAGUAACAUUGACAAAUUCAUAAACUGCACAAAGAUCAAUGGGAAUCUCAUCUUUCUUGUCACUGGGAUUCAUGGAGACCCUUACAAUGCUAUUGAUGCCAUAGAUCCAGAGAAACUUAAUGUCUUUCGGACUGUCAGAGAAAUAACAGGUUUCUUGAACAUACAGUCUUGGCCCCCAAAUAUGACAGAUUUCAGUGUUUUCUCCAACCUUGUCACCAUUGGAGGAAGAGUACUCUACAGUGGUCUCUCAUUGCUUAUCCUCAAACAACAAGGUAUCACUUCCCUACAGUUCCAGUCUCUGAAGGAAAUCAGUGCGGGCAAUAUCUACAUCACGGACAACAGCAAUCUGUGUUAUUACCACACCAUUAACUGGACAACGCUCUUCAGCACCAUUAACCAGAGAAUAGUGAUCCGAGACAACAGAAGAGCUGAGAACUGUACUGCUGAAGGGAUGGUAUGCAACCACCUGUGUUCUAAUGAUGGUUGUUGGGGACCUGGGCCGGACCAGUGCCUGUCAUGUCGGCGCUUCAGCAGGGGAAAGAUCUGCAUAGAGUCUUGCAAUCUUUAUGAUGGGGAGUUUCGAGAGUUUGAGAAUGGCUCCAUUUGUGUUGAAUGUGACUCCCAGUGUGAGAAAAUGGAAGAUGGACUCCUCACAUGCCAUGGACCGGGACCUGACAACUGCACAAAGUGCUCUCAUUUUAAGGAUGGUCCAAACUGUGUGGAGAAAUGUCCAGAUGGCCUACAGGGAGCAAACAGUUUCAUUUUUAAGUAUGCGGAUCAGGAUCGGGAGUGCCACCCGUGCCAUCCAAACUGCACGCAGGGGUGUAACGGUCCCACUAGUCAUGACUGCAUUUACUACCCAUGGACGGGCCAUUCCACUUUACCACAACACGCUAGAACUCCACUGAUUGCAGCCGGAGUCAUUGGCGGUCUCUUCAUCCUGGUGAUCAUGGCUUUGACAUUUGCCGUCUAUGUCAGGAGGAAGAGCAUCAAAAAGAAACGAGCUUUGAGGAGAUUCCUGGAGACAGAGCUGGUAGAGCCCUUAACUCCCAGUGGCACAGCACCCAAUCAAGCUCAACUUCGCAUUUUGAAGGAAACAGAACUAAAGAGGGUAAAAGUCCUGGGCUCAGGAGCUUUUGGAACUGUUUAUAAAGGUAUUUGGGUGCCUGAAGGUGAAACAGUGAAAAUCCCUGUGGCUAUAAAGAUCCUCAAUGAGACAACUGGUCCCAAAGCCAACGUGGAGUUCAUGGAUGAGGCUCUGAUCAUGGCAAGUAUGGAUCACCCGCACCUAGUUCGCCUAUUGGGAGUUUGUCUGAGCCCCACUAUCCAGUUGGUUACUCAGCUGAUGCCGCAUGGCUGCCUACUGGACUAUGUCCAUGAACACAAGGAUAACAUCGGAUCACAGCUGCUGUUGAACUGGUGUGUCCAGAUUGCUAAGGGAAUGAUGUACCUAGAAGAAAGACGGCUUGUUCAUCGAGAUCUGGCAGCCCGCAAUGUCUUAGUGAAAUCUCCAAAUCAUGUUAAAAUCACAGAUUUUGGACUGGCCCGACUCUUGGAAGGAGAUGAAAAAGAAUACAAUGCUGAUGGUGGCAAGAUGCCAAUUAAAUGGAUGGCUCUGGAAUGUAUACAUUAUAGGAAAUUCACACAUCAAAGUGAUGUUUGGAGCUAUGGCGUCACUAUAUGGGAACUGAUGACCUUUGGAGGAAAGCCCUAUGAUGGAAUUCCAACCCGAGAAAUCCCCGAUUUACUAGAGAAAGGAGAGCGGCUGCCUCAACCUCCCAUCUGCACUAUUGAUGUUUACAUGGUCAUGGUCAAAUGUUGGAUGAUCGAUGCUGACAGCAGACCUAAAUUCAAAGAACUGGCUGCUGAGUUUUCAAGGAUGGCUAGAGACCCUCAAAGAUACCUAGUUAUUCAGGGUGAUGAUCGUAUGAAGCUUCCCAGUCCAAACGACAGCAAAUUCUUCCAGAAUCUCUUGGAUGAAGAGGAUUUGGAAGAUAUGAUGGAUGCUGAGGAAUAUUUGGUCCCCCAGGCUUUCAACAUCCCUCCUCCCAUCUACACAUCCAGAACAAGAAUUGACUCCAAUAGGAAUCAGUUUGUAUACCAGGAUGGGGGCUUUGCUACACAACAAGGAAUGCCCAUGCCCUACAGAGCCACAACCAGCACCAUACCAGAGGCUCCAGUCGCUCAGGGGGCAACGGCUGAGAUGUUUGAUGACUCCUGCUGUAAUGGUACCCUACGAAAGCCAGUGGCACCCCAUGUCCAAGAUGAUAGUAGCACUCAGAGGUAUAGUGCUGAUCCCACAGUGUUCGCCCCAGAACGGAACCCUCGAGGAGAACUGGAUGAAGAAGGCUACAUGACUCCAAUGCAUGACAAGCCCAAGCAAGAAUAUCUGAAUCCUGUGGAAGAGAACCCUUUUGUGUCCCGGAGAAAGAAUGGAGAUCUUCAAGCUUUAGAUAAUCCGGAAUAUCACAGUGCUUCCAGCGGUCCACCCAAGGCGGAGGAUGAAUACGUGAAUGAGCCUCUAUACCUCAACACCUUCGCCAAUGCCUUGGGGAGUGCAGAGUACAUGAAAAACAGUGUACUGUCUGUGCCAGAGAAAGCCAAGAAAGCAUUUGACAACCCUGACUACUGGAACCACAGCCUGCCACCCCGGAGCACCCUUCAGCACCCAGACUACCUGCAGGAAUACAGCACAAAAUAUUUUUAUAAACAGAAUGGACGGAUCCGCCCCAUUGUGGCAGAGAAUCCUGAGUACCUCUCGGAAUUCUCGCUGAAGCCGGGCACUAUGCUGCCCCCUCCGCCCUACAGACACCGGAAUACUGUGGUGUGAGCUCGGCUAGAGUGUUAGGUGGAGAAACACAUACCCACUCCAUCUCCCUUCCCCCUCCUCUUUCUCUGGCAGUCUUCCUUCUUCUCCCAAGGCCAGUAGUUUUGACACUUCCAAGUGGAAGCAGUAGAGACACAAUGAUAGUUCUGUGCUUACCUAACUUGAAUAUUAGAAGGAAAGACUGAAAGAGAAAGACAGGGGUACACACACUGUUUCUUCGUUUCUUCAUAUGGGUUGGUUAACAGAGUGUCAGAGCUAGAGAAGGUCUAAGAAGUAUAAGGCAAUAGUGCCUGCUGUCAAAGAGCCCCAUCUUUCUUCUCUUUGCACACACUCUCUCCCUCCUUCUCCCCCUGUCCCCACCUCCCUUUAAUCUAUCAAUGCUGGUGGUCGAACGUCCGGACUCUGUUCCCAUCUGUAGCCAUAGUCUUGUGCAUAUUCAGCAUCCCUGAAAUCAUACUACAGCUUCCAUUAGAACAAAAUGACAAGCGUUUUGGAUGUCAUUUGAUAGUAACGGAGAUUGAGAAGCCAAUUUCUUUCUCCAAUAGUUUCUUUCUUGGCAAGUAAGAAUGGCCAACCCAGCUUUUGUAAUUUUUAAAUCUCCAUUAUAGUUAUAACUAGUAAUUAUGCUUGGAAGGCAUCUCUGUGUUUUUUUUUUUUUUUUUUUUUUUUUUUCAAUUUUGGUUUGUUUUGGCCUAUUCAGUUGCUCCCCAUUCUGGCUGCAGUUUCUAGUUGUAAAGAUAUUUACAUAAAAGGUUUCUUGACAAGUUCAAACAAAAAAAAUAUUAAAUGUAGAUUGUUAUUUUAAAUCAUUCAGUCCUUAAAAUUAGAAGAGAAAGCCAAGAUACUAGUAAAAAUAGCAUCAAAUCUAGAUCUCACGUUUUACAUUUCCAAGUUCUGUCUUCCAUUUUGUUUCACUCUUUACUAUUUUCUUCUCCCCCCAAAUAAUUGUCAGUGACAGGCAGUGGGAAUCUUAAGAGUAGAAGGGAUGCUAAGAAACAGUUCUGUGUGGUUCAAAAAACUACUGAUACUUUCAGGGGUGGUCCCAUGGGGGAUCCAUGCAGUGGAAGAAACACUGGAUUGGGUACGUCUACAUGGAAGGUACUCAGAAAUGUAGUUUGCACUUAAGCUAUAAUUUUAUCUGUUCUUUUUCUGAACUCCACUUUGGAUUUUUGAAGGAAGCAAUAUGAAAGCAACCAGCAGAUUAACUAAUUUAACUACUUCUUUCUUUUUUCUUUUUUUAAAGAAAAAAAGGAUCUAAGAUAAAUACAGACUGUGGAAAUACCAAACCAAGCCAAUUAGGACUUUGGAACAGUACCCAGGGAUUGGGGUGAGAGGGCCAGCACAUUAACUUCAUACGAUGUGACAUUUGCUAUGUAAGAAAGUCUGUUAAGUUUGUAUUCUCUGUGUGAAGGAAUGCAAGUUAAGGACUGGCUUGAGUUCUAUGGAGUUUCUAGAAUGAGAUUCUGUUUAUAUGGACUAGAAGGUGACUUAACUCUUCACGCCUAAGUUGUUAUAAUUAAAAGUAAACCAUCAACAUUUGAAGCCUAUGAAUAGGUCCACACUUAAGUUAAAAGUUGUAAAUAAACAUGAAAACCCUUCUCAUGCAAUUAUUUUAUUGUCCAAUAUAUUAAUCUUUUAAUAAUUUAUGUAAUGAUUGUCUCUUCAUAUAUUACCAUACUAUGUACAGGUUGUAGGUCCCUCUGUUAGGCUUAAUUUUGAAAGAACACCUAUAGUGUUAAUAUCAGUGAUGAGAACAAUGACAAAUGAAUCUCUAGGAAAUAAGGAAAUUUAAUACAUCUCUCUUUUCUAUAAAGUUAUCCUGCAAGUCAUUUAGGCUUUUAAACAUGUCUUUCUACUGUUAACAUUUUAAGAGAACAUUAGAUUCACUAGCCAAAAUAAUAAUAAUAAUAAUAAUAAUAAUAAUAAUAAUAAUGAUCAAUUAGAUUAAAAUUUUCAACAGAGAGUACUUAAGGGAGAAAAAUUUCCAAGAAAGUUCAUGUUUCUAUCUAUUUUGAAAGCAUAAACCCAUGCAUCCAAAUCUAGGUUUAUUUGAUUGAUAUUUAAAGUAUGUGGGGGUAGGGGGUGGGGGUGUCCAGAUAAGUGAAACCAUUCAUGACUUCAAAUUUUAGCAGUCUAGAUUUAUUUGCUGUGACAUUCUUAUUUCUCCAUGAGUCCAAGAAAUCAGAUUGCAUUAGCUAUUUUGUGAAUGGCUUCAUAGAACUUUUUGUAAAAGUUCUGAGAACUCAUCGGGUUGUAAUUUAAACAUCCUUCAAGCUAUUGAAGAUGACAAAUAUAAUCACUUCUGUGUUCUUACCCAGACACAAACUGAACCGCAUGAACAUUGCAGCACUGGGAAACUGACAUAUCUGGAGUGUUAACAGGAAACCAGGUCAAACUCCUGGGUUUGCUCUCUUCAGCAAAGAAAAGCAAGACAAACUGAAAGUGAGAGGUGGAGAGAGCAGAGGGUCUGGGAGAGCCUCUCUAGAGAAGUUUAACCAUGAAUUUACCAAACCAGAAUGAUCCAGGGGCCACAGCCUUAAAGCCCAAAGCCCCCCAACCCAAUUCAGAGUCAUCUACAAAGUCAAGGGACCUUAUAUAAGUACCUAUUUCCUAUGAAGAGUUAAAGUAAGCCUUUGUUAGUAAAUAUAUCUAUACCUAACCAUUACUGUCAGCACCUUUGGAAUGCUAUAAGGACAUUUUCUUUUCAUUUAUAAUAUUUGUGUGGCUUCUAGUGGGAUAAAGAAAGCAGAAUUAUUUCAUUAGUAAAAGAAAAGAGAUAAUCUCUUAGCUGUUAAUGCAAUGUAAAUGUAGUCAUUGAGGGUUGCCUUUUUCUUCCCUAAAAGCACAGGAUUUGCAGUCCACCCAUCUUCCCAUAGAGAUAGAUGUAGGUCUAAGUGAGAAUGACCCAAGGUGCCAUUUUUAUCAUUCCUUUUUUAUGACCUUUUAAUAUGUACUUGAUUUUAGUUGUUCUGGUAUUUCAUGUUUAUUUAGAUUUGACUAUCCAGGCCCUAAAUUCUAGGGAGGAAAUUAUUCAAGAACGUAUUAAAGGAACAACAAGCAGGAAUCAGGAAGGAUGCACAUUCAUUUGCUCAAGAGAAUAACUUGUUUAACCCAGUAAAAUGAAAUUCUACGACACUAAUUAAAGCCUACAGAUUGCUGUGGAAUAACAGGUCCCAGAACUGAGCAGCACCAAUCAAAAUAUGCAGGAUCUAUUUGUAAAAUGGAGUAAAAUAAAUGUGAAAUUGAGCUUACUAUAUAUAUUUUUUAAUCAUCAAAUUGUAACAAGCAAGCUUAUCUUGGGAAAUCCUAAUUUCAGGUCUAACAAUAUUUUUCAGUGGAAUAGCCACUUAAAAGAAGCCAUUCUUGAGCAGAUGAGAAACGAUGUCCCCUAAGUCAGGGCAAGUCCAGAGUCACCAAACUGCUGCUACUCAAGCAAGGUUGAUAACAAACCUAGUCCCUGUUUUCUGAAUUACGUUAGCAGCACAGGUUAGGACAUGGUUCACUCUCUAUAGAACCAUUCUUGAAACAGUGUGAGAACAAUGCAAAUUGCCAACUACUAAAAAUGUUAAAAGUAAAGAUGUAAGUCUUACUAAGUAAGAGUCAGCUUUUCAUAGUUCAGGAAGAAUGGCCGACAGGCUCUAUCUUGAAAGAAGAAAUGGGGGACUUUUAAGUGUAACACGGUCAUGUACUAUAUCUUUGGAGGAUGACACAUAUUGUCAAUGGUGGAGAAAAGUCAGUAGAGGAAUAUGAGGCUUCAUGAAUAGAGGAAAUUAGUGGGAUAGUGUACUUCCUGAAGUGUCAAAACUAGAAGAGUAUACAAAAGUGGUUUUACCUAUGCCUGAUACAGAAAGUUGUAAAUACAAGAUUCUCUUGAACAGGCUUAACAUUUAUUUAAAAACUGGAAUUUGUUGUCCAUCUGUAAUUGUUGAUUAUCUACCUAGUAGUUCAUAUGGUAAUAAAAAAUGGUGACCACAAAAGCAUGUGUAGAACUGGACACAAUCAUGGCAAUGCUAUAAGACAUAGAAUUAGCUAGGUUAUCAAAUGUUAAAUACUUUCAAUAGUAAUAAGUAAAUCAAACGAGAAAACUAGCCAUGGAGCAUAAAAUAACGAAAUAAAGUUCAGGCUUUGAAAAUAUAGGAUGGAUUUUGCUUAGUAGAUAAAAAUAAGUUUCCCAUUUAAAAUGGUUAUUGGUUGGAGUUAGCAGAUAGUAGGUGUGGUGAGGUUUUAAUUGUAAAAACUUUCUUUAAAGCACUAUGGUUAGUCUUCUCGUGUUCUCUUAUUCCUUCAUUACAUUUUAAUUUAUUAAGUAUAAAGAAAUGCUAUAUUUGGGGAUUCUGGUGUGCAGACAUCACAUUGAAGGGUUUAGCAUGCAAAUAAACCACAGGAGGAUUUAAGAGAUCUUUAAAAUGAAUAACAGAAGUAAAAAAGGGUCUUUGCCUUUUGCAGUUGCAAAAAAUAAUUGAGUGUUUGACUCAGUAAUUUAGAAAGCAAGCAAAAUAUUUAAUUUGUGAAGUGUCCUUUCUUUUCCUACUAUCUUACCGUUAUAACUAAGAUGGAACCCAUUACCACUUUUUUGAUAAAUAGAUGCUAAAGCAAACAUUUUAAACUAUUCUAUCGGUGUUCUUUGGACUCUAGUUUUUUAACUGUGUAUUUGAUAUGGGGCAAAUAGAAAAUUGAAGAGCAGAGCUAAAAGGCCAGACAAACCAAUUUCUACUGCAUGUAUCAUGGGAAGAGAACCUGGUUGUGCCUCUCUGUGUCUGAAGGACUGUCUUACCCUCAUGCAGACUCACAAGGGCAGGCUCCCAUCUCUUGUUGACCAUCUGUUCAAGACCAAAUGAUAUAUGCAUAUGAGUGUGAAUCAGACAUAAUUUUAGAAGAUCUUUGACAGUUGAGAGCUUCAUCUUGUUGACACUAAGAUGAGGCCAGCAUUUAUGAUUUCUGAAUCGACACUUUUUUUUUCUUCUAAUCCCAGAGAUGCCUUUGAAGGUGUUCUCUCUGCUGUUACAAACAUGAAGAUGAGGGCAUUGUAUCAGACCCAUUGCCCUUGUGUUUGUAUAUAUCAAACUUUCAAACACCAGAGACUAUUUGGUUACUUCAUGAAAUAAAACUCUAUAAAAUGGUAAGAAUUUCAGACUCUCUGUUCAAGUCCCACUCAUUUAGUCAAGAGACAAAAGUGUAUGGUGUGUCUGACCUCAGUUUUGGCCAAGAGAUUGGGCACAGGAAAAUGCUUCUAGAUUCACAGGCUGUAAAGACUAUAUAAGCCCCAGUUUCAAGGGAACAUUCACAUGCUUCCCCUGGAAAGAAACGCCUUGAAAGUCAACUUUGCAAGUAAGUGAUCACCUUGUCACAAACAGAAAAUUUUAUUUCCCUCUGAACUAUAGAGGAAAAUGGGAUCUUUACUUUCCCACCCCCAACUCUCACAAAGCCUUUCCCAUGCUUUUACUAUCCCAAGUUCAAAGUGGCUUUCCUGGGUUAUUGCUUUCUUAAGCCAUAGUGGAUCUCUAAGAACCACAUACUCCUUUGAAACACUGACCUAGCCUUUGCCUUCAAAUACCUGAUUUUUUUUUCCAUUAAAAUAUUCAACCACUCUAGAAGGUAUUUAAAUUGCUUCUCAAAUAAAAGACAGCACAGAAAAAUUAUUUAGGGUAUGAAAAUUGUUUAUUCAUGACAAUUGAUUUUAUCACUGUGGGUUUCUCUGUAGGAUUUUAAGAUUAGUUAGCUCUGUAAUGAAUCUCAAGACUCACAUUGUAUGUACAUACACUUCUAGAUCUUACAUUAAUCUUUCCAUGAAAACUAUAUAUGUGUAUAUAUAGUUUUUAUGUAUAUAUAUUAAACUAAGUUAUUGCUGCCAACUAACUUAUUUACUUUGAUAACCUAUUUUAUUUCUGAUAUAAAUAUUUUACAGCUGCUAGAGUUUUUUUUUUUUUUCCAAAUGAAGAAUUUUAUUAUCAUAAAGGUACAGGCAAUUCACCUGUAAAAACCUCCUGUGACUUUUGUUGGAACAUCCAUCUAUCUAGCACAUUUAUAAUAAGCGCCGUUUCACUGUAAUGAAAGUCCCUGUUGACUGACAGAACUCUACUCUUUCUCUACUUUAGGAGGAAAUUUUUCUUUUAAUACUUUAGUGUGUUUUCCCCAUGCCACUUAAAGUGUUUAUAUUUGUAUAGAUAUACUAGUACAAGAAAACAAGCUUUUGCAUCUGUAGGCAAUAGUCCAAUUUGUCCAAACCACUUUGUCUUUACUGCUAUUUUUACUCCUGAUAUGUUGAUGUUUUCCCCAGGCCUGUUGCCCUUUUGAAGAAAAGCAAACCACACUCCCUCUCUAUUGACAGAAACCUGACGUUCAAGUAUCAUUUCCAGUGUUUUUCAAUUAAUGGAGGGGUUGUGUCCUUUUCCUUAAUGUGAGAGUCACCUCCCUGCAUAGUUCUGGGUCUCUCAGGGGCUGGGAGUGGGGAGUGAAGAAACAGCUACCAUAGCGCUCCAAGAACCCUUAUGGAAUUACUCUGGUAAUCAGCCAUGAAAGUUUGUUUCUAACUGUAGAUAUAUGUAAGCUGUUCUUUUCAAAUAAGGUACUUUGAAAUAUGUAGCAUAAACUGGUACUGCUGUUAAAAUGGGUCGACUAUUAAACUGAGCAACUGUGCAAGGGGCAGCUAACUUUGAAUGCACACCUUCCUGGCUGGCCUGUGUUCAUCUAUCUCAUUGUGUGUGAGCAACACAGCCUCCAUUGCUACACACCAAGAGCCUGUCUCCACAUGCUCUGGCUGCUUGAUCAUCUCUCGCUGAGUAUCAUUAAAACAAAUCAAAUGUAAAUGAGAUUAAUGUGCAAGAUCAUUCAUGGCACACACGUGAAACUAGGUCACAUUAAAUUUUUCAAAAAUUCAUCUCAUGCAUGUAUCACAGUAGUUGACUAAGAUCAGUUUGAGUGAUAAAGGAAGACAAUUUGCAGAAAAGGCAGAAUUAUGUUUGUUUCCUUAUUUUCUUGACAUAUAAACAGAAAACAAGCCCUCGUUCCUCUGAAGAAUCAUCAAAGGACAGGGCUGUAAAAAAUAAUAAUAACUUGCUGGUAAGCCAUCCACGUUUCAUUUAAAUCCCAGCAUUCAAAGUUAGCUGCCUUUUUUUGAAACAAACAAACAAAAAGAAUACUACUGUAUGUUUGAAAAUGUGAAUAGUAUUUUUAUAGCUUGUUAAAGACAUGGCUAGCUGCAUUUGUAAAUAAGGAUAAUGUUGCUUUGAUUUUCUUUGAUGAACAUCUUUCUUUGGAACAUAAUUGUCUUUAGGGUUGAUUUGUAUAUAAGUAAUUGGCUUGUGAUUGUUUCUCUUUUGGUUGGAAGUUAUCAUUUUGACAUUACCUGUGAUUCUGUGUUCAGCACUAUUGUGAUGUGUCCAACCUCUGCACUCGCUUACACAAUAGGAUAUGCCAAUUGUGUGUGGUGAAAUGUUAUUUUCAUUUUUUUUUCUAUUUUAUCUAUGAAGGAUUAUGCACUUAACACAUACUAACUUUUUUAAUGUUAGGUAUAUUUUUAGUAUAAUUUCCCGAUUCUUUCUUCUCCUCCAAUCCUUAAACUUCUUUUCCCUCCUUCCCCUCCUUUCUGUUAUUAUUGAGGAUGAGAGAGAAAAUGUAUUUUAAAUGGAUGUAAGUAGGCUUUUUGAGGUAGUUCUCAAGGAUCCUCUUUUGACUCUUGGGAAAGAAUUGUACGUGCACAAAGCAAGUAUAGAAUGCGAGCUGCUUUGCCUCAUUCCGUACUGAUCAUCCCAGCUGAACAAUUUGAAAACUGUUCUGCCUUUUUGUUACAUGAAUCUGUCAGAAAUAUAUUUUUAAUUUAAUAUAAAUGAAAUUCAAUAAAAUAUGAAACAAA